UUUAUAUAUUGACCUUCAGCCGCGUGAAUGAUUAGUGUUCGUGAAGUGCGGAAACUUAGAGGCAGCAACAGGCGAUUGUGGACUUUAAGUUGGAACCAUAAAGGAUCUGUUUUGGUUUCCGGUGGGGAAGACAGAAUAAUCAAAUCAUGGGCCAAAUGUGAUGAUGAAUCAUGGGUUAACAGUUUCUCUCUCCCAGAGGCACACAAAAGAUCAAUUAGAUGCAUAACAUGGUCACCAUGUGGUAACUACAUAGCCUCAGCAAGUUUUGAUGGAACAGUAGCCAUUUGGAAAAUUUUCAAAGAGGCUUCAGGGCACGAAAUGGAGGCGCUUGUGACCUUAGAAGGGCAUACUAGCGAAGUCAAGUGUGUUGCUUGGUGCCCAUCCGGUCAUCUGAUAGCCACUUGCGGUCGAGAUAAAAGUGUCUGGUUGUGGGAAUUCGAUGACGAAGAGGAUGUUCAGUGUGUAAGCGUUCUGCAGCCCCAUUCACAGGAUGUAAAAUCAGUAGUCUGGCAUCCACACGGUGAGGUUCUGGUUUCUACAAGUUAUGACAAUAAGAUAAAUGUGUACAAAGAGGAACUUGAUGAUUGGGCUGUUUUUAUUCAAUUAACUGGACAUGACUCCACUGUGUGGAAAGCAGAGUUUUCUCCAUCUGGUGACAUUUUAGCAAGCUGUAGUGAUGAUCGAUGUAUCAAACUUUGGGGAUGGGAAGGAGCUUGCAAGAAAUCAACUUCGUGGGUGUGUAUUGCUACAUUAACUGGUUAUCACAUACGUACAAUUUUCGAUUUAAGCUGAGGACUUUGUAAUGGAUACUUGACUUAUACCGCGUACAUUCUUUGGUUCAGUUAGUAACACCAAGUUAUAUCGCCUAAUUAAUAACUGAAACAUGAAGUGUUUUUGGUUUAGAUUCGUUCGACAAAUUUCAGUAUAGUUUAGAGUUCAUUUCCAGAGUGUUUGAUGCAAAUACAAUACACUUUACGCUAGUCACCAGAUGGUCAACUCUUAGCCAGUUGUGGUUCUGAUAACAAAUUAUGCAUCUAUAAAAUGCCAUCUAGUGGUUUGAUUCAUAUUGGCGGGAAACCGUGUUUAGAAGAACCACCUGUUCUAUGGGGUUAUGUUCCGAAUGCUCAUUCAGAAGAUGUAAAUUGUGUACGUUGGCAACCUUGGGGUUUGAAUGACAAAAGUCAUAGUGAAGAUACAUCAGACGGUCAACUAAUUUUGACAACAGCCUCUGAUGAUGGAUAUAUCAAAUUUUGGUCCAUCAAGUGUGAUGGAUAAUCCUGUUUCUUUUACUCACCAGACGAUUGUGUUUAUUUGAAAUUGUACUAUUUUAUGAACAAUUAUCUGUACAUAUAAUUUUUACUUUCAUAGUCUUUAAAAUUGAUCUUAUUUUCAUUAUAAAUUCGAUACAAGUUAAUGCAUACACAUGAUGAUUUUUACUCUUUUUCUCAUAUAUAUUUUUGUAUUCUAUAUUUAUGAUUCAGUAAAAAUCAGAAUGAAUAAACAUUGGUUUUGCU